UCUCAAACUGUUCCGCCACGAUGAAGAUCUUUUCAAGUUCGUUCACCACUGUCAUCGUUCUUCUCGCAAUAUCCUUGUCAACCGCUGAGAUUACGGGAGAAUUUGACGAAAUCUUGGCAAAGGAACUCCCCCGGCAAGUGGAAAUUCCGGACGUUUUUGGCGGUCGCGGACAUCGACGAUCUUGCGCUGAAAACGGAAAAGUUGCCGCGUGGUGUAACACCGAGCACACUCCCAGUCUUGCUUGUGGAAUUUUGCCUGACUUUGAUGAGUAUGGCUGUGCUUGCUUGGGAGAUGCGUCCUCUUGCCCGGACGAGUGUAUUAGCGGUUUCACGCCUUCCGCUAAGACGCACUAUGGGAUCCGAUGCCAAGGCAUCCCACCAGACGAACCCAAUUAUGUCUUGAAAGAGAACCAUGCUUUAAAUCGUUGUGAAAAUAAUGCAGUCGUCUCCUCGUGGUGCGACGACUUUGUCAACAUGCACUUGACGUGCAAACUUCACGAAGAUGUCGACGAGUACUCUUGCCACUGCGGUGGCAAGCAUUCGGCAUGUCCCGAAGAUUGUGUGGGAGGAUUAACACCCAUUGAAACAACGCACAAUGUGAUCAGAUGCAAGGGAAUACCGUUGGACCAGCCCAACUAUAUUCUCAAGGAGGGGUAACAAUUACUUGAUCCCCUUUUGAGUUACAACCCUUUGGGGCUCCAACUUCUCUAUCACGCUUGCAUUCCAAAUGACACUUUGACUGUAACCAACCCCUACACUUACAGAACGGUUCGAGUUUACUUUGUAGAACACAGGGCCAUCUAUUUUUAACCUACUACGUCGUACCAUGUCCUGACUUUUGCAUAUUCAAGAAUAAAAUGGCUUACCUUAGGACGAUAAUUUUCUGUUGC